UAGUAGUAGUAGUAGUAGUAGAGCAAUUAAAGAUUCUCUACUAAUCUACACAAUCUUUGGUAGUAGUCUAGUAUAAGUAGUAGUACUUAGUUAUGUUUGUUAUUUAAUUGUUACUACCAUUGUUCUUGUAACUGAUUUUUUGUUUUGUUUAUGUUAUUGUUGUUGGUAAGGCUGUUGUUGUAGCAAUAGCAAUGAUUCACAACGGAAGCCAUGAUUGUCUGCGUUAUUAUUUUGCUGAUAUAUUUUCCUCACAAUUUCAAGUCUUGUCUUUCCGGGAAGAGACAUCAGAGGAUAGUCAUUAUAUGAAACCCACUCGUUAUCGAUCUUAUGAGUUUACAGCAAUGAGCUUGUGAGCUACUACUACUAAUUAUUAUCUAGUUUAGUUAUACAAAAAGGUAUAACCUUUUCUUUAAAGUCGUCCCGAUGAAAACAUUAGGCUAUUAGCUGGUUUUAUGUUUUGGGUGUGUAAAAUGAAGUAAGGGGUGGUAUUUUGUAUCGACACCUACAGCUAUAUUUUUACUGGCCAAUGAAAACAGAAUAUUCGGACACCAGCCAAUCGUCGGCAUGUUAUGAUUUUUAGGUGGCCAUUUUGAUUUGAGAUUUGAAACAAUGUCUGCAGAGGGCUAUUUCAUUCAACUGUACGUUGAGUUUGUGAGGUUUUUGUUUACAACCUCUGAUUAGCCUGGGUUACUAAAUUUCAUUCUCGAGUAUUUGCCAAGACUCCAAGAUGAAUGGGCCUACUGGUUUUACUGCCUCUGGACCAAGUGCUAUCUCUCUGAAUUAUAAAGAACAAAUGGAAAAGAUAGCUGCAAAUGGAAACCGCCCAGAGGACUGGAAAGAGUACAUUGAUCUCAUAAAGGAACGAAUUGAUUUAUUGGAUGAAUCCAGGAAGAACAAGACGCUGGCAUACUUGUACUAUAAUGCUUUCAAGGUCAUUCCAGAAUCCUGCAAGUCUCUGUCUCGAGCACAGCUCCUGGUUGAUUAUGCAGAGUUCAAAGGGCAGCAGGAUGAAGGUGAUGCGGAGAAGUUACUGUCUCUGGGCCGCAGGACUCUCCGGCAUCAUUCUGUGGUUCAUAUUGCUUGUGCAGAGUUCGAGGUGAAGAGAGGGAACACGGAGAAAGCCAUCAAAAUCUUGAAACAGGCCCGUUCCAUUGGCUCUGUACCCAUGGUGGACAUCAAUGUGGCUCUUGAGCGAAUCAAGGAGGGGAAAAUGAAACUGACAGACAGUGCGAGCAAGAGAAAUCUAGGAGCUACAUGGCAAAGUCCUGACAGUGGUAGGGAAAGUUCCGGAGAAUGCAGUAGUUUACAGCUUAGCGGUUACUUUGAAGGGAGCCGAGAGUGUCUGCAACAAGCUCUUCCAGGCUGCAAGUCCAACACACAAGAAGUUCAGCAGGGUCUGGACUACAUCACCCAGUGUGUCCAGGCAGAGGGUUCGGACCUGUCAGCGCAACCUGCCGCGGCUUCACACCAGCAUGUGGGGCUCCCCCAAACCCCGAUAUCACGGCAGCCCCCAGACCCGCCCCACCUUCUGUCAAGCCACUACAAGGAUCUGUCGUUUCUUUGCUGGAGGACUCGGAACCCCUCCAGUAUGCAUCCCACUUCCUCGUCGUCGUCCGCUCUCGCCUCCACCCCAGCACCAGCACUGCCAGCCUCGUCCCUGGGUUUCUUGUCUUCAUCAACGCCAUCGUCAGCAUGGGCACCCGGUCAAACCGCGGGUCCCUCGUCUCACCUGUCGAGGCCUGAGAGAUCCGCGCUGUCAUCUGAGAAUGGUCAGCCCGUUGGGGAGAGCGGCACGGCUAAGCGGAGCCUCCACCACUUUCACAGCAUCCCAGACAUGCGCUCAAAAGCCGCUAGUGCUGUCAAAGAACCAGCAAGGAAGCCAAUUGGUCGAGGGAUUCCCCCACGCCGGGUACCGAAGACACUCCACGAAGAAAAGGAGAGCAAUGAUGAUAAGGUUGGAGAAAUCACAGUGUCUGCGUUUGAGCGUUUGGACCUUCCGCCUAAAUCUGCCACCAUCGACUGCUCUGGACUCAAAUCAGAGAAUACAGAGAGAGAAAACAGCAAGCUUCUAUCUGGACAUGGAGAGCAGAUAGUGAACUCGUCAAGAACAAAUGAACCUUUCGCCGCUUUUGCUGCUGAUCCUACAGCCUCAAUGAACACUCACUCUACAGUGAGGCAGCCACCAAGCACAAAUCUGUACGAUGCACACAGAGUUGUAAAUCCUUGCGCCAAAGACAGCAGUGAUUCAAGCAGUAAAGCCAGCGAGUUGAACGAGAGGGAUAAAAUCCCAUCAACCCACAUAAGUGCCUCAUCUUCGACAGAAAAGUGUCCCCUAUCCAGAGACAGAAACAAAACUGGGAACAAGGAGAACUUUGUUGCUAUGAAUACCGACAGAAAUAUGGAUAUAGUGAAUGAGAAUAGAAUUCUCUCUCCCCUGAAGCAAAACAGAGUGGAACCACCAGUCCUUGCGCCCAAGCUGCCGGAUGAGAUUUUACCUUCUGGAGAUGGCCAAGCAAAGAUAAACAAUGCUACAUAUACCGCUCAGCAGGCUCCAGUCCAAACCCCUGCAAAAUCAUGUGAACAGAUGGCCCAGAAGACAAAGCAAGUGAAUGGCAAGUGUUACCCGGUGAUGCGGCUGGCGGGCCGCGGCGGUUCGGCCAAGGUGUUCCAGGUGCUGGACAUGGAGAAUUGCAUGAUCCGGGCGCUCAAGGUGGUGGACCUCUCCGGGGACAACCGCCUCAUCCUGGAAGGCUACAUGAAUGAGAUUGGCCUGCUGCAGAAGCUGAAUGGCUGUGAUCGGGUCAUCAAGCUGUUUGACUGGGAAUACAGUGAGUCGAGCAAAAAACUGAUGAUGGUGCUGGAAUUUGGGGAGACAGACUUGGCCAAGUUCAUAGCCCAGAAUGCCAAGAACACGGACGAACUGCACUCCAUCACCAUCUGUUACUUCUGGGGGCAGAUGGUCAAGGCGGUACACGCCAUGCACAAGGAAGGCGUGAUCCACUCUGACCUGAAGCCAGCCAACUUCAUCUUGGUGUCAGGCGCUGUGAAGUUGAUCGACUUUGGCAUCGCGAAAGCGCUGCAGGUGGACAAGACAAGUGUGCUGAAGGAGAACAUGGUGGGCACACCCAGCUACAUGAGUCCCGAGGCGCUCAUUGCCAGCAGCGCAGAUCCUGCGGGGAACAAGCCCAGAUACAAGGUUGGGGUGCGCAGCGACGUGUGGUCCCUGGGCUGCAUCCUGUACCAGAUGGUGUACGGCCGGACCCCGUUCCAGCACCUGCGGCACAAGCUGGACGCCAUCGUGAACCCUUCCCACACCAUCGCCUUCCCCGGUGUAGACGACCAGGCUCUGAUGGACAUUCUCAAGAAAUGCCUCACCCGAGAUGUACGACUACGGCCCACCACUGAUGAGCUGCUGGUACACCCGUACUUGAAAAAAGAACCACGAGGGAACUGAAGGCAGAACUGAAAUCCUCGGCUCAUGGCUCAAGUGGUCAUCCACUUAUUUCAGGAACAGCGAGACGCUCUAUUUAUUUAGGGGGUGAUGUCAUUCAGACUGGACACAGCGAGGCGCUCUAUUUCCAUAGGGGAUGAUGCCGUUCAGACCAGCCGGACACAGCAUGGGACCCUGUUGAGGAAACUAUCAAACGAUACGUAGCCUCGUGGGACACCGAACUGUUAUGCCGGAGAAAGUCUUAGAACUCUAGAGUUCCAUGAUUUUUAACACCUGUAUUUGUGGUGUGAAAAGUUCUGCUAAAUACUCCAUGCCCAUUUGCCAACAGAUUAUGAGUGCAGCUAUGCGAAGUACAUGUCUCCACCACCGCAGGACUGCCUGUAGAUGAGAUCCCGGAGUACGUAUUUCACGGCACAUAGGAGAGGUGAACAGUGUUUCUUAUCUGACCCUCUGAAAGUAGUGGAGUUACCCCCACACCAUCUGUAUUAGUCAUGCUGUAUUAUUCUGCGUGCUGGCGGCAGCUGGAGGGACUUUAGGGGGGGGGAGAGGAUAUGAGAAUGGGUUAAGAAUGAUGACCUUAGGUUCAUAUGUUCGGUGCCCCCUGAUGAGCGAUGGGAGAACAAAAGAGAAAAAAUUUGGUUUCGUUAAGCAGAUGUUGCUGGGCAAAAAUUGCAAAGACUUGUUCCCUCUCUCAUCUCUACACUCCUUUCACUAACCCUUGUGUAGCAGGCUGUCUUUUUUAUGUUGAUGUAUCUGUGUUUUUGAAGACUGGUUUGCAAAUUGUUGGUUGUUGGAGGGUGCCUCUUGUGUCUUCUUCUACUUCUGUAUACAGUGGGUGUCGCAUUCAACGAGG